AUGGGAUUCGAGAAAGCGGGGGCCGAGAGGAAGCUGCAACUACAAGAAAAGGAGUGCCUUCGCCUAGAAGCAUAUGAGAACUCCAGGCUAUACAAAGAGAAGGUGAGGGCUGUGCAUGACAAGAACAUCAAGCGGCUGAGACUCAUGCCAGGCAAGCUGAGAUCUAGAUGGGAAGGUCCCUACAGAGUGGAAAAGGUUAAACCGUAUGGUAUUUUCCACUUGAGUCACCCUUCCAACCCUGGUGUCUUCAAGGUCAAUGGUCACCGCUUGAAGCUCUACCACGGUGAGCAGAUGAAGGACAACAAGGAGCUGGAGAUCUUCCUCUUGGAAGAUCCACCAGCAAAAGAAGACUGA